AUGGAUCAAUUAUUCUCUCCAGGGAACCCACCUAUAUGUGAAAAUGGGCAUCCCCCAGUUCGGGUUUAUGAUAAAGAUGGCUGCUGUUUCCACUACGAGUGCAAGUGUGUUUGCUAUGGCUGGGGAGAUCCUCAUUUUGUGACAUUUGAUGGUCGUUAUUACAGCUUCCAGAAAAACUGCACCUAUGUCCUGGUCAAAGAGAUCAUUCCUCGAUACAACUUUACGAUCCUUAUUGACAACAUAAACUGUGAUGACUUUGUAAAGUCAACCUGUCCCAAUGCCUUGAUUGUGCAAUACAAAGACUAUGAAAUUGUUCUUAAACAGGAGAGGAACCCGAACAUAGUGAAUAUGGUAUACAUUAACGGCAAGCGCAUAACUCCAACCUACGCUAAUGAUGACUUGACCAUCACAAAUACUGCAGAUGAGCUGCUUCUGAGAAUCCCAGCAAUUGAAGCAGCUGUGAUGUUCAAGGGGCUAUUAUUCAGUGUUGACUUGCCAUUUUCCCAUUUCCACCACAACACGGAGGGACAGUGUGGUACCUGUGACAAUGAUAGAAAAAAUGACUGCAGAUUACCAAGUGGCCAGAUUCAUCCCUCUUGCUCUGAGAUGGCAGAGGAGUGGUACGUAAAAGACAAGAAUAAGCCAAAUUGUAAGAAGCAGCCGCCUCCUACACCAACACCAAUGCCAACAACAAUACCAACAACAGCAACAACACUGACAACAACAACACCAAAACCAACAACCACAACAACAACACCACCUGAUAUCUGCGAAAUUUUGAUCAGCAAGGUGUUUGGGAAAUGCCACCAUGUAAUUUCACCACAUAACUUUUAUGAGGCCUGUAAAUAUGAUGUUUGCCACACAAAGAAUCCCAGCAUCAGUUGUUCCAGUAUGGAGAUCUACGCCAUGUUGUGUGCUCAUGAGUACGUGUGUAUAGACUGGAGGAAGACUACAAAGGGACAAUGUGCACCUAAAUGUGAAGGAAAUAAAGUCUACAACCCAUGCGGACCACUUGUUGUACCAACUUGCGAUGCAAGGUACAAUGAUAGGUAUGUACCAAAUUGCCAGGGAGACAAUAGAAACAGGAUCCCACUCUGUAAUCAAUUUAUGGAGGGAUGUUUCUGCCCGAAGGGGACAACCGUGUUCAGUACAAGAAACACCAUCUGUGUUUCCUCCUGUUGCACUGGACCUGGUGGUCAACCUAAAAAGAUUGGAGACAUUUGGCGGAGUGACUGUCAGCAGUGUGCUUGUGUUGAGAAUGAACUGAGUGUUCAGUGUCAACCCAUCACAUGUCCCAUUCAAAAACCCCCAACCUGUAACAAGACAGGUGAGGUCUUGGUGAAACAGACAGAGGACUGCUGUGAGAGAUGGACAUGUGAAUGUGACAGAAACACCUGUCCAUUGCCAAUAAAAUGCAAACUGGGAUUUGAGUUGAAGGUCCGCAUCGCACCUGAUAGCUGCUGCUCCAUGUACACCUGUGUACCCAAAGGUGUCUGUGUCUUCAAUGAUAUUGAAUACAAGCCAAAUAUGGAGUUCUCGACAAGCCCUUGUGAAUCAUGCUACUGUAGUGAUGAACAAGAUCCGGACAGCAAGUUGAAUGUCGUUGCGUGUGCCGAGAAGCUCUGCGCUUCCUGUCCAGAGUCUUCUCACACUUGGUCACCACCAAAUGACAACUGUACCAAGUACUACUGUGAGAAGGUGAAGGAUGACUUUAUCCUCUCUAAAAAUGAAACAAAGUGUCCCGAGUUUGAUCCACAGAACUGCGUUCCUGGUACUGAAAAGAGUGACAUGAACGGUUGUUGCAUAACCUGUGUUCCUCGUUACAACUGUGAAACGUACAGAAACAUGACCUACCUGGAGACAAAGAACUGCAAGUCAGUUGUGCCGGUGGAAAUCACAACCUGCAAGGGGUCCUGUGGAGGGUCUUCCUCAAUGUACUCGGCAGAGAGCAACAGUUUGAUGCAUUCAUGCUCGUGCUGUCAAGAAAUGGCCACCAGCAAGAAGGAGGUGGAGAUGAUCUGCUCUGAUGGCACAAAGAUAGAGCAUUCCUACAUUUCAGUUGACAAGUGUGGUUGCCAUGUGGCUGAAUGUAAAAAUAACAACAUUAACUAUUAG